AAUCACGAUGUAUGUAAUUCACGGCGCCUGGCGGACGAGUUUGGUGAUUACGCACAUUUGAGAAUGCAACAUCUCCGGAGCAUGCGCUGUGGGGAUUAGGUCUGAGUGGAAUUCGCCUUGUUCCGUGUAAAACAAAUAAUUAUAAGAAAACGGUGGACGGGCAUGCAGAGAGGGGACGGCAUGAGUGUGGAUUGAAAUAGAAAAUAGAGUAAUUUGAUUCGGACGUCAUGGAGGGAUUCUGACUCGAAGAGCUUUCUCAAGAAGGAACAAACUAGCGCGGCGUUCAGCUGACACCAGGAGGAGAACCCAGUAAGUACAUUUGUUCUUCAAGAGGGUGACCCCCCCCCCCCCUAUCCUGUAGGUGUUAUGCAAGUUUGAGAGAGAGAGAGAGCUGUGUAGAAAAUGGAGUCAAGGAAAGACGCAGCCCGACCCAGAAGGCAGCAGGAGGCGCUGUUGGACUCGGCAUAUUCCUGCUGUGCUGAUGGUGAAGACAUGCGGGGCCGAGGAAAUCCCAUGCGAGGAAGAACCAAAUCACGAAGCCUGUCUGCUUCUCCGGCGCUGGGCAACUCCGAGGACGUGAGGACGCGAUCACUACAUGGACCAAGCCCUGUGACCAAGUUUGGACCAAAAGCCUGCAUGCUGCAGAACCCGAAGGCAAUAAUGCACAUUCAGGAUCCAGCUAGCCAGCAGUUAACAUGGAACAAGCCUCCUAAAAGUGUCCUUGUAAUUAAAAAGAUCAGAGAUGCCAGUCUGUUGCAGCCCUUUAAGGAGCUGUGUAUAUUCCUUACAGAGUCAAAGAACAUGAUCGUCUACGUGGAAAGGAAAGUACUGGAGGAUCCGGAAAUUGCAAACGAUGAGAGCUUCGGUGUGGUGAUAAAGAAAUUCUGCACCUUUAGGGAAGACUACGACGACAUUUCUGACCGAGUAGAUUUCAUUAUUUGUCUGGGAGGGGACGGGACCUUACUCUAUGCUUCCUCAUUGUUCCAGGAAAGUGUUCCUCCGGUCAUGGCCUUCCAUCUGGGCUCUCUCGGGUUUCUCACACCCUUCAAUUUCGACACCUAUCAGUCUCAGGUUACUCAGAUUAUCGAAGGCAACGCUGCGAUUAUUCUUCGAAGCAGACUAAAAGUAAAGGUAGUGAAAGAACCUAGAGAGAAGAAGAAAGCGGUUCAAGACAGAGGGGAGGAAAAAGGACUGAUCGUAAAAAAUGGGGAGAGCGAGAUAAGCAGACGCACUGUGCAGUACCAGGUUCUGAAUGAAGUUGUCGUGGACCGGGGUCCCUCUUCAUAUCUUUCCAAUGUAGAUCUGUUUCUUGAUGGGCACCUCAUUACCACAGUGCAGGGAGAUGGAGUCAUUGUCUCCACCCCAACCGGAAGCACUGCCUAUGCCGUGGCGGCAGGGGCUUCCAUGAUUCAUCCCAACGUUCCUGCCAUCCUGAUCACACCAAUCUGCCCGCACUCCCUGUCAUUCCGACCCAUCGUCGUUCCUGCAGGGGUGGAGCUCAAGAUCAUGCUGUGCCCUGAUGCUCGAAACACUGCCUGGGUUUCCUUUGAUGGGAGGAAACGUCAGGAGAUCUGCCACGGAGACAGUAUUACCAUCACUACCUCCUGUUACCCGGUUCCUUCAAUCUGUUUCCGGGACCCUGUGAAUGACUGGUUUGAGAGCCUGGCUGAGUGUUUGCACUGGAACGUGAGGAAGAAACAGAACCACUUCAUUGCGGAGGAAGAGGAGUACUGAGAACGACGAGCUCGGCAUCGUUACACAUGCGGGUGUCUUUGUGCAGGACUUGAAAUUUAAACUGCGUUUGUUAGAACACCACAUGUCAUUCAACACAUGUUGAAACUUCUCUGUUCAUAGAAUAUUUUGUUCCCCAAAGUAUUUAUUUUAAAUGUAACUGAAUAGCCCACUGUUCAAAUUGUUAAAUUUCAUGUCUGAAAGAAAAUAUACUGUAUGUUUUAUUCAGAAUUGCUAAAGACUGAAAACACAUUCCCUGCAAUAAGAGUUAGUGCCUUAGACAUCUAUUAACCAGUAUACUUCCAGGAGGAGCCGUACUGCAUUAUCCGCAGUUUUCCACUGUGGUUUGAAGGAUAUUAUGCACGUCGCAAAAUCAUGUUUGUAAAUUAUUUUAUAAUUGUACAAUAAUGCGGUAGGUUAGAAGGAAACGAAUAUAAAAAGUUACUUGAAUAUUGAAAAUAUAUGAAUGCCAAAGUUACAAUUCAUCUUAAAAUUCUGGCAUGUCUUCCAUUCUCUCAUCUGCUAAAAGACUUUAAUACAUGAAUGCAGUUUCCUGAAUUUGUUACAUGCUAAUUGGUGGAGGGGGGGGGGGGGGGGGUGGAAUUCGAGCAUUGAAGUUAAUAAACCCCGCCCUCAAACCACCAAUCUGAUCAAGUGAACUGAACGAAAACAGUUUUUCAAUUGCUCAAGCUGUUUGAAUAGGCUUUUAAUUCAAUAGAAGUACUUUUUAAAAAAUUAUAUUUAAUAAAGGAUGGUAGGUAGAAACGUUAUUGCAAGAUUGUUUUGGGACCAUUAAUUGAAUGCAUAUCUUGCUCGGAGGUGUAAGGUGUAUGACUGAAUUCCGAAUAUUACUAUCAAAGAUUUUCCGAUUACACCAAUGCAAAAGAGAGGGAGGGUUCUAUUUAUUAAUUAACAUGUAACCUUGUUUUUUUGUUUAGCCGUGUGUUUAGUGUGUAGCUUUUUAUGAUUGCAGUUUACAGAGAUGUUACACAGCAGUUGAUGCUAUGUAGCUAUAUAUACCCUAUGAUUUUAAGUGCUUUCUGAUUUCUAGCUUUCAUUUUUGCUGUAAAACAAAAUAAGUGUCUCUUAGUUUUAUUGCAGGUCCAUUCGGGUUUCAGUACUUCUUACCAGCUUAUUUUAUGAUACGGUAUUUCAAGUUAUUCACGAAUGGAAUUAAUAGGAUGGGUCUGUUUUGAACUGGUGCUUACUAUAUAUUUCUUUUAUUUCUUUAUUUUCUCUAACCUUAAGUGAAAGUUUAUAUAUAUAUAUAUAUAUAUAUAUAUAUAUAUAUAUAUAUAUAUAUAUAUAUAUAUAUAUAUAUAGCUGUAUUGAAUGGAAGAUUUUUUGUUUCUUGUGACCAGACAUGAAAAACAAAUCAAAGUAUGAGGAGGGCUGUAUUGUUAGUCAUAUUAAACUGAUAGAGAAUGGAGUUUCUCUGCUCUGUCUUUGCUUAGCAUUGCCUGAAAGUGGUCUCCUGUCUUUUUGCUCACUAUUGUUGAAAUUCCAUUUCCAGGCUGUGUACAGUAUCUGAACCACUCUUGUUAAAAAGGACCAUAGCAACCCAGAAAUGAUUGUAAAGCCCAUGGUGAUGAAAGUGUAGUGUACAGACGUUUCUUCAGAAAUCUGUUGGUGUGUAUUAUUAAAAUGAGAUGAUUUCGCUAUCUCUAUAUAUAUAUAAAGAUUCCUUUGCAUUUUGUGCAUUUGAAGUACAGUAAUCCGUCGCGUUCUUCGCCCAUCACAUAUCCACCCUCACCGUGUAUCCACCAUGAUCAAGCUCUUCAGCAACGUGGAUUUAUUAUUGAACAGAGAAGAUUAGUUCAGAGAUUGUAGAUCCUGCCAAAGUUUUCAUACACUGUGUUGUAUGUGCUCGGUGCGCUGCCAUUGCUGGUAGUGUCACGUGAGCUGCUCAGUGUGUUGAUAUGGAAAUAACUCCUGUUCGCCUGCGGGGGGUGUAUCAACUUCAACCUCCGUCUCGAUCUCCUGCCUGUCACUCAGCAGUGAAUGCACGCACCCACACGGCAGACGCCUACUCUGGCAUUAAUACCCUGUAUCUUUCUAAACAAGGGAUUUAGGUGAGCUCCCUAAUAAAAGCUUAAUCUCACAACAAGAAUUGUGUGAAUAUAGUCAUUGUUACAGCUGUGUAUAAUGGGAUUUAAAACAGGAUUCAUUCAUCCGACUUUUUCCAUAUCCGCCCUUACUCUGGUCCCACCGCAGUGGGAUACGUGACGGAUUACUGUAUUGCUUUUUUUUUUUGUCAAGGGUUGAGUUCCAGUUUUAUUUUUCCUUGCCUGGUAUCCAGCAAAGGAGUACAGUGAUACGGUUCAUAACAACCUAAAUAUCCAUUACAGUUUAUAAGGGGUUUGGAAAGCGAUCUUUAAUUUUCCUGGCACAGCAGUUGUGCUAUCCUUUAAAAAUGUAGCCUUGUACAUAACAGCUCUUGUUAUAAAGAUAGAAGGUGGUGUUGUGUAAUUUCAUUAUUUUCUGUGGCAGUCAUGGUUUUAAAUGUGCAUAUAAGUACACCUGUAUUACCCGGUGAAAUAUACACCUUAAAAGUCAGCUAUUUGAAUGGGCAGUUGAAGCAGAAAAAGUAUGUUUUGAAAACAUGUAUUGCUAUCCCUGGGAUAAAGAGGGGACAAGAGUCUUCUAGGUGAUUUUAUUUUUACGUGUGCAGUAACAUGAAAAGCGUCUUGCAUGAUACGUGCAAGGAAGAGGUUUUUAAGAUUUUAAAAAAUACCUCUAAUCCAAUGAAAAUGGCUUGCCGUGGAAAAUGCAAAAAGGAUAUCCACCAUCUAUUUAACUUGCACAAAGAUAGGCUACAAAAUUCAACAGUAUUGCAAAAGUAACCUGGAAUGGGAUACUGCAACUUUGGUAACGUGAUCACAAGUUUUGUAGGAAAACUGGGUUUAGCUUUUUGUAUGUAAGAUUAUGAGUGUUACUUAAGAGGUUUCAAAUACUUUGUGUAAUAGUUUUGUUUUUCUAAUUGUUAAUGCUGUCGGAUCUCGAUAAAUAUUGGUGAUGAUAUUGAAAUAUAUAUACUAUUUUUCAGGGCCUUUUAAUAAAUGUAGAAUAAGCAUUUUUUCAAGAAAAAGAAAAUUCUGUGUUUUUUUUCUUUGUGAGUUACACAGUAUGUUGCAGUGAUAUUGGCACAGUGGAGGGGAGGGGCAGGCAUUGUUUGGAUCCAGAAAUUCUUACUUAACCUCCUUUUUAUCAUUUUUUUUUUUUUAGACUAACUAAUAGCAGGCUCAUUGUUGGAAUUAAAACUGUAACAAGAUUGUAUACGCACAUUUGAGAUAUAUUUUGAAAUAAGUAACUUAGAGGCCAGUGUAUUUGAAUCCUAAAUGAAGAUUCAGAUACCACCACUUGAACAAUAGUGUCAUUAAGGACUCCUGUUAAAUACAAGUUGUUGUACAGUGUGUAAUGAAUUGGCAUCUCAGACCAUUGAAUUGUAUGGAAAGGCAAGGGCUGGGCAUGAAGCCCACGCCAUACUGUUUAAAGACAAACUUCUUCCCAUUUAGCUGAAGAGCAAGUUAUUGCAGAGGUGAGUACGUGCCUAAUGCUGAUGUCAGUAUUAACUCAACACCCGCUAGGAGAACAUCCAUUACAAGUGUGUGUCUACCAGAGCCCCAGCUUCACAAUACCAUUGUUACAUCAUUUUGAUUGCUGUGAGCUCUGACUACACCCUGUAAUAAAGUCAGUCUUAACAUCUGCCAAAGAAAACAAGUUUGCUUAGUGUGUAAGGUGAGGCGUUAGUUGAGGUUUACAAUAUGUUAUCAUUGUAGAAUCUGUGUGUGUGUGUUGCAGUUUAUGACUGUCAGAAAUAACAAGAAAACAGAUUUUAGAAACAGGUUUAUUAAAAAUGUUAAUAAAAAGUGCUUUAACAUGGUAUGGAGAUGCCAAACAUGAUGCAAGUAAUAUAUUUACAGGGUAUGUAUUUUUCUAUACCAUAAUCGUGUUUUCACAGAAGACAGUCUUUUGGUAUACUUUGGAUUAAUGACGUGAAGGAAGGGCAUCUCUCUGGGGUCCCGUUCCCCUCUGAUUUAAAAUUAAUUUACAUUUAGUAUUGGGCCCCAUGCAGCAUCAUUUAUCCAGAAUGGUCCCGGGACAUUCCCACAAGCCUUAAACGUGCCAGGGUGCCUUACUGAAGAAACUAUGUUUUAUACACAAGGCUGCUGUAUUUUACAAAAUGUUAGCUUCUGUAUAAAAUGUAAUUAUUCAUAGAAAUAGGCAACAUUUUCUAAACAAAAUGGUUCAACAAUUUCCAGUGUUUUAUGAACAACACAGCAGCACUCUCAUUGCAAGAGAUCCGAUGUUGGUUAAUGACCAAAACUGUUAAAACAAUUUACACAAGCAUUUUUAUAAAUUAAGAAUGAGGACAUACACACUGGUAUAUAUAAACCACUUAAUUACAAAACUAAACGUGAGCACUUGUUAUUUCCAGUCAUUACUUAAAAAACAAUUAAAUAUCCCCCAUUCAUAAAAAAAACUGCACUAAUACAAACCCUCUCCCUUUCUCAUUAUCAAAACUAUACUUUCUUUUGUCAUUUAAUAAUGUGCAAUACAGCCAGGAAUUUUGCAGAUGAAUACGUACAAGAAGAAAAAGUUAAAAUAAAAGUACAAUUUUCAAAGUCCUAGAU